UCGCUGUUUCUUUGUCCAAGCUACUGUGAUCGCAAGUUCCGGCGGAACUGUAUACUAUGAUGCUGUGGUAUAAACUUCCACCGGAACUUGCGACCACAGCGUCGACGCCCGCUCCGGCACACCGGACAUCGGACGCCACCAAUCGGAACACCAGUCGAUUCGGAUCGUUCUUCGUCCCGACUGCGUUGAGCGUGGCAACUCAUACGCCGACAAUCAGCACAUACGGACUUUGGCAUACGGACUACAAAAUCGUCCAGGCCCCUUCCGCCAUGUAGAAUUUCAUCGCUGCCAACGUUGCUGCCGUUGUCUCAAGAUGGAUGAUGAUAUUUCAGCAGACGUCAAUAUCCUAUCACAGUAUCUGUCUAGACCGGAUGUCGCCUCUCUCUCGUCUGUCGGACAGGUAGAUUGCAUUGUGCUAUGCGUCAGCUCCGUCCUGUACAGCGCCCAAACAGUCUUCGACACCCUCGUGCAGCAGCCUAGCCUCACCAAAACCCUUGUGCUUUGCGGCGGCCUUGGCCACUCAACCGAGCUCGUUCACAAUGCCGUCGCCCUUCACCCGACAUUCAAGAGCAUAGCUGUCGAGAUCUGUGGGCUGCCCGAAGCCCAAGUCCUCUAUGCUAUCUGGAACUCGUUCUACGCAAGCCAGGUCGACCCCAGCGCUGCACCUCGAAUCCUUAUCGAAGAUCGCUCCACGACCUGCGCUACCAACGCGACGGAAGCGCGCAAGCUGCUCGAAGCAAGCGCGCCGCGCUCCAUUGUGGUCAUUCAAGAUCCGACCAUGGUUCGACGGACGGUGGCAUGCUUCGAUCGUGUCUACUCGGACAUGGCGCAGCCCCCGACCAUCCUCGGCUGUCCGAUCUUUGUUCCUCGCGUAAAGCCCGGCGGCACUAGCGGACAACUGGUAUACGAAUCACCGCCAGUCAACGAAGCAUUGAUGUGGAAGAUGGACCGUUUCUUGGAGCUGGUCAUGGGCGAGAUUCCGCGAUUGAGAGAUGACGAAAACGGCUACGGUCCCAAGGGCAAUGGCUCCAUCGUCCAUGUGGAUAUUCCCGAUGAGGUUGAGCAGGCUUACACGCGGCUUGCCGGCAAGAUUGCGCACCGUAGAUGAGUAUCCGGAAGUGAUUCGCCCGGUGUCGGGGACGAGCUCUGUGGAGCCACACAUUAGGCUUAUUUUGUGAAGAUAGACGAACGAUCAGAUAGAGUAUAAAAUACCUAAAACGCAUCUGGUUGAUACCAAUCAGAUAUCUUGUUAGAAUUUGGUGGAAUGGUGGUUGAGUCACAAUUAAACCAAGGUUGUUGUAUGUAUCAGUUACUUU